AUGGUCCUCCCUAUCCUUGUCGCCCUCGUAGCCGCCCCAGCUCUCCUAGGAACUCAAGAAGCAAUCCGACAAUCACAAUCCAAAGAAAAGCGCGAAGAGCACCGCGCCCGUCGCUGCAAUCUCGUCGCAUCAUGUGUCAAAUCCUCCCCCCGAAGCCGCGAGAUCGACGGCCGCCCCAUCGUCCUCCGCGACGGCAAACUCUGGGUUGACACCGGCACGACUGAUGGAAGCCCCUACGGACACCCCUACGCAGGAUACUACCUCCCCUACCCCGACUCCAAAUAUGAAGGGCUGGUGACCACCAUCACCGACAUCGCCCCCAUCAUGAACUGGGUGUACGUCGAAAAAGACACCUACGAAGUCAAGUACGGCGUCCGCCUCGACGCGCAGCCCAACCUCCCCGGCCCAUUCGACUGCACGCGGCAAGACCGGCGCCUCACCUUCGACGGGUGGGAAGGUUGGUGCGCAGUCGAGGAGGCGCCGGGACGCUGGGCGCUGUACUUUGACCGCGACGACGACGGGCUGAGGGCCAAGCUCUCCCCAGGGACGCGCGUGCUCGAGAUCGAACUCACUCGCAAGGAGAAACGGUGGAAGAAAGAUGGCGAGGAAAGGCAGGCGGAUCAGACUACCAAGCGCGCUGUGGAGACGAAGGAGGAUGCGCCGGUGGAUGAGCCGGUG